GAAAGACAAGCGUCAUUUAGGAACGGAGGUAGAGCGAAAGAAGGAACUCCAGGGUCUGAAACCAACCACACAGCACAGUAUUUUUCUACCUUUUCUUUUCCCCAGAGGAGAUUCAUGUCCUAUCAUUUUAUUGACAGACGCGCUAUUACAGGCUCUUUUCCCAGAAGUUGACCGAAGAAACCCAAGCGCUGCUGUUUCUUCCCUCCCAAGUCCGGUGGCUCCCCUGCUAAUGGACUGCUUUUCUCUGAGCUUCCACCCUGGAGAGAGCCCCCAGGUCUAGUCUGUGAACCCAGCUAGGAAACAUCGCUAGCAAAAAUGACUGAAGAGCCCAUAAAGGAGAUCCUGGGAACCCCAACGUCUUCCAAGCCCAUGACAAUGGAGAAGAGCCCCAACAGUGAAGUGGUGGUCACCACGGUCCCUUUGGUCAGUGAGAUCCAGCUGACGGCUGCUACCGGGGGUGCUGAGCUCUCCUGUUACCGCUGCAUCAUCCCCUUCGCCGUGGUGGUCCUCAUCGCGGGGAUAGUGGUCACUGCUGUGGCUUACAGCUUCAAUUCCCACGGCUCCAUCAUUUCCAUCCUGGGUCUGGUCCUCCUGUCAUCUGGACUUUUUUUGUUAGCCUCCAGUGCCUUGUGCUGGAAGGUGAGGCAGAGGAGCAAGAAAGCCAAGAGACGGGAGAGUCAGACAGCUCUUGUGGCAAAUCAGAGAAGCUUGUUUGCCUAGGACUGAAGGAGACCACAUGGGAUAUGUGGCCUGAAAACCUUCCUCUUGCUGUGUCAUCCACUUCACCCAGAACUAGAGUGGGAGAGGAUGAACGGUGCAUUGCAGCAGACCAGGGGGCUGGGGGUGAACUGAUGGUGGGAGGGCAGAGGGGGUUCUUUUGGAUGAAGAAUCUACUUGUGUCUUCCUUAAUGACAAACUUAACUCUAAGGGCUAUUUCUAAGACUGAAAAAUCAGCUUUUUCUCUGUAUUAGACAUUUGAGGGGUCAUGGGAGGUGCACGGCAUUAGACAACGUUUGGUUCACCUUGGAAAGUGGCCAAGGAAAUAUGAGAAAAUAGUCAGAUAGUUCUGGCACACCAGCGACCUGCCUCAAAAAAAAAAAUACAAAAACUCACACUUUUAAGAAGUUGUAUCAUAAAAAAAUAUUCUGCCGAGAUUCUAAAUCACCUCGGACUUUGCAUCCUUCUAUGAAAUUCUGUGAGAAUUUUUUCUAAUAAGUUGAUUCUCUGGCAUCUUUUUUUUUUCAAUAACUCAUCACUGGUGGUACUUUUUCUUAAGGAAUAAACUAAUUUUUUUAUGUUUUAACAUUGGACAGUUUUUGAUGAGUCAGAAGCUAAAAGGUAAAAGAUGUAGCUACUAAAUGACAUGGGGGGUUAAAUUAAUAUUAAAAUAAUCCAACCUAGCACUUUUGAUGAUUUUUAUAUAAAGUUUAAUGUACAUUUCAUUCAAAAUAAUAAAUACUUAUUGCUGCUGAAAUUUCUUAAAUGCUAGUUGCUGUUAUAAUUAUGUUUACUGCAGUUCCAAAUUGCCCAUCUUCCCUUGCCUCAUUGGCAAUGUCUCAAAUGUAUUUCUCUCGAAUGGGCAUGUUGCUUCUCCCUAACUUAUCUAGAAGAUUUUUUAUUUUUUAUUGUAUCAUUCUUUCAUGACUUGUGAAGAAUAAUAUUAAUUAUGUUCACUACGUUCUAAACAAUUUCUAUGCCAUUAACAAUUAGGAAAUCAAUGCCUGGAGUCAGGAAUUUUAUAAUGUGUUAUGAAGUGUGUGUUAUCUAUUCAGUCAGUGGGUUAAAUAUUUCCUUCACCUAUUUUUGAGCAUCAACUAUAUGCCAGGCAUUGUGUAGAUCCUCAGGCUGCUGAACUGAGUUAGUUCUAAUACAACGCAAAUAAGAUCACUGCUUGACUUCUGUGGCUAGUGAGCUAUUCUACACCCAGCUAGGACUCUACCCCGGAAGUCCCACCAGGGAUAUCCCUGGUCCAUGUAGUUUAAACCACAUGAAACAAAUGUGAGAAGAUAGUGAGGCACGAAGCCUUCCUUAAACCUUGGAAAUCCAAAGCAAAACAAAAGAAACCUCAGGUAGCACUUUGAAGAGAGACUGUUGCCUGGUGCCCGAGUAGUUCUGUUAAGGAGAGAAGCCUUGAUGGCCUCGCUUGUCCUGGCUUUGAAGGUCAGAUGGCACAAGCCUGGAGUUGUUCAUUAUAGUAGAGUACACCACAAUUAUCUUAAAUGCAUGCGCAUCCACACUCUUCUGGGCCAAAUGCAAGCAUGUAGCGUCAGGUUGGUUUUAAUGGGAGGAAGUUUGUGCUUUGACACGCCUCUUUUCUGCUCAGAACAGUCAAAGGCUCCCCAUUGCUGAUGAAGAAAUUUCUUAGGCAAGUGUUCAAGGUUCUCCACUAUCCGAUCCAAACAGAUGUAUCCAGCUUUCACUUCACUCCAGCCGAAAACUCAUGAGUAAGCCAGAUCAGACUAUUCGCCAUUCUGAAUCAGACUGUGGUUUCCUGCUUCCAUGUAUGUUCAACUUCUGUUCUCCCUCCUCCGUAAUGCCAUCCUGUCCCUCUCUGUCUCAACGUCUCCAAAUCCUGCUUCUCAUUAGAGCCCCAGCCUAAAUCCAACCCCUUCCUAAAAAGCCUUCCCUUUUAUCUCAAAAUAAUUACUCCUUUGAAGUCUUUACUUAUUUAUUCUCUGACGGCACCUUUCAUUUUCUACCAUGUUGGCGGCAUAAGUGUUUUAUCCUCUUCCGAAUCUCCUUAGAAGGGAUGAUGUCUUUUUUUUUUUAACCCUCAUGUAAUGCCAAAUAAAACAUCUUGUACAGAGCAGGU